UGUUGGUAAACAAUUAUACCAUCCUGCUAUGGUUAUGGCGGAAUCAAUGGGUGAAAUCGCUAAUAUUUGCCGGUUUUGUUUGUCUCAAGAUGGAUUAAUACCUAUUUCGAAAGCUACCACUUCCCUUUUCACCAUUCAAGAUAUGGAACACUUCACUGGCAUUCAGAUCGCCGAUGAAGAACAGCUAUCGUUCGCAAUGUGUGAAAAUUGCUGCAAAACGUUGGAAAACUCGGUUACUUUUCGCAGUACCUGCAUUAAUAACGAUGUGAUAUUCAAACAGCUCUCUUCUAUAUCCUUUGAGAGUGUGUUAGGCGAAGAAAAAGAUGAACGUUUAACAGUUGGAAGUGAAGUUCAAAUUAAAAUAGAAGAAUCUCUUAUUGAUGAAUUGUCAUCAAGCACGAAUGAAUCAGAAGAUUCAAACGGAAUGAUGGCAUGUCCAACAAACGAAAAGUACGCUCAACAUUCGAAAGGAACAGUGAAAAAGGAAAUAUCUGGCGAUAAACGCACCAAGUCGCCAGAGCUAAAUCCAACAAAGAUUUCAGCAUUCGGUGAGAACGAUAAAAUUCAGAAGAGAAAAAGAGGAAGAAGAAGAGUACAUGAAAAGAACCUCUGUACUUUUUGUGGAAAAUUUGUGACCAACAUCUUUAGUCACUAUCGAGAACAACAUACAAAAGAAAAACUUUAUGAUUGUCCAUAUUGCCCUAUAAAAAUGACAAGCUCUGGAAACAUGAAAAAGCACAUAGCGUUAGUGCAUGAAAAGAAAAUAACUAAAACUUGUGAAGUAUGUGGAAAGGGGUUUGUCCACAGAGCAACAUACUUGUCUCACAUGAUGGCAGAACAUAGUAUUGGUAAAACAUACGAAUGCAAGGAAUGCUCGAAAACGUUCCAACAGGUAGUUUCUUAUAGAAGACAUGUCAACAGAUGGCACAAGCCAUUAAAAAAUUAUGCUUGUAAUAUUUGCAACAUGACUUUCAAUCUAAAAGUAACACUCAAUGGCCAUCAACGCGUGCAUUCCAACGAGCAGCCUUACGUAUGCAGAACCUGCCCGAAGCGUUUUAAAAGUACUAGUGCUAGGAGAGCACACGAAUUAACGCACACUGGAAUUCGAUUUUCAUGUGAACUCUGUGAUAAAUCGUACAGGUAUAAAGGUCUUCUUAAUAUGCACUAUAAAAAGGAUCAUAAUGGCGCGAUACCUUCAGAAAGCAGCAAUCAUGGUGACGAUAGGUGAAGUUAUUGUUUUGAAUGGAAUAAAGCUCAUAAACGUGAAUUCUACACAA